UUUAUAGAAUUCGCAAUAUACUUAAAAUAUAAGAAUACACAAAGCCUUAAAGGUAGAAAUGGAUUAAUACCGUUUCUGUGUAAUCUCUGUUCUCAUUAAACCUAGCAGAACUACUUGAAAUAAUAACAUCCUGGUCAGUGUCAUGCUACUUGUUCAGGAACCUUCACAGUUAGUCUCUUUGUGGAGUUUAAAUAAGUGCAUAAUAUCUAUUCAUUCAUUUGACAACCAAGAAUUUGUGCAUACAAGAAAUUGUUACUAUAAUUUAUAAUUGCAUAUUACACAUGUAUAUUUUUAUAAAUAUCUGAUAUAAAAAGAUAUAGUAUUUAAUUGCAUAACAUGUUUAUAACAAGUGUAGUAUUUCUCAAAAUAUUUUUGCUGAAAUUCAGUUUGACAGAAUGGAUAGAUAUGCCCCAAUUUUCUGAUGACACUAAAGUGUACAGAUUAACUACACCAAAACAAGAUCAAUUUUAUAAAUUUCCUAAACAAACUACAGAAUAUUUUUAUGCAUAUCAAAAUGUUACUUAUAUACCAACAGAACAAACUGCAGUUAAUGAAAGCACCGAACAUGUUUUUCAUAAAAUAAAAGGUACCAAUACUGAACAUACAGUUCAAACAUCUACUGAGAAGAUGGAAAAUGUAAUAAAUAUACAAUUUGGGGAAGCAGCAAUUCCUUUAAAUGUCGAGGAAACAAAGUCAAAGAAAGAAUAUUAUAAUGAAUCUUUAACUUGCAAUGAUGAAGACAUUUUUCAGUAUUUACCAGUGGAUAUACUUAAAAAUGUCCAUCAAACUUUAAAGUUGCAGCCUACAUCAAGUCAAGGAAAAAUUCAAUUUUUAAAGAUGUUUGAAAACACAUUAAUCGCUGAAAUAGACUCUCGACUAACACAUACUAUGAUGACCGGUCGAAAGAAACGAGGUGUAGAACAUUAUGAUCACGGUUAUGAUAAUGAUCACGCUGCAGGAUUUCCUUCUAUAGAAGGAGCAUUAAUGGCUAUAUCAUUUCUCACAUUUGCAGUGUAUCUUAUUAGAUUAGUCAUGCUUUUAUUCAGAAAUAUAAAUAAUCCUGCACCAACUACUACUGGAGCUACUUUGUUUCUUGGUAGAAGAAAAAGAUCUAUAAACAAAUUCGAUGAAGAUAUAUCUAUAAUAUUUAAAAACAUAGACAAUUUCUCUUUUGGGUCUCAAUGAAUUUUGCAUUAUAUCAUAUUAAA